AUGGGUAUUCUCAUGGUCAUGAAACUGGGUGGAAGAGAAGCCUUGACACAGGCUAUGAUCAUCGUGCAGGUUUCGGUUCUGUAUGGCUACCCCUUCAGGAAGCGCGCACCAAGCUAUUUCGCCCGCGCUUUCGAGCUCAGCCGUGCCUUCCUGUACAAAUGGACCGUGAACUGGCGCUUCGUCCCGGAAUCUACGUUCCUCUCACGCCCCUUCGCCAUUGGCUUACUCGCUCUGCAUGUUGGCCUCCUCAUCUGGUACGCGCGAACCCGCUGGAUCAAGCCCUCGAAGCGCAAUGUCAAGGAAUUCCUCAAGCUUUGUAUUCCAGCCAUUGAGCCCCGGGACCAGGACACCAUGUCCAGCAAGAUCACCCCGGAUUUCAUUAUGACGACGAUGUUGACCGCGAUGACUAUUGGCCUACUAUGCGCGCGUAGUCUGCACUACCAGUUCUACGCGUAUGUCGCGUGGUGCACGCCGUUCUUGCUGUGGAAAGCAGGGUUCAAUCCAGCCGUGGUAUAUGCAUUAUGGGGCGCGCAAGAAUGGGCGUGGAAUGUGUAUCCGAGUACAUCGGCAAGCUCGGCGACGGUCGUGGGCGUUCUAGCGAUUACGGUCGCGGGCGUAUGGUGGGGAACGAGGAAGGAGUACGAGGGCCUGACGAAGGGUAUAAUCGAGGAGGACCAUGCGCACGCCGAGUGA